CCGCUAAAACUGACCGCUUGGCCAUUCGACAUAGAAGAAAGGUUUUGGAGCGUUUUUAGCAGAAUAGAUUAGAGGAAAGAAAAUACAAUUUCAGAAGAGCAGAGAAGGCAAGAGAGAUGGAGAUAGAUUUAGAGAAAAUUCCCUUUGGCAUGGAUUUCCAUCCUCACGAUCACAUGGUGGCUGCUGCUCUCAUCACCGGCCACCUUCACCUAUAUCGGUAUACUGCUGAUUCACUGUCACAAAAGAGGUUAUUGGAGGUUCAAGCACAUAGCGACUCCUGUAGAGCCGUUAGGUUCAUAAACGGUGGACAGGCAAUCUUGACUGCCUCAAGUGAUCGCUCUAUUCUAGCAACGGAUAUAGAAACUGGAUCGCCAAUUGCACGUGUUGAAAAUGCUCAUGAGGAUGCUGUUUAUAGUUUGAUAAACCUCAAUGAGUCAACAAUUGCAACUGGGGAUGAUCAAGGAUGUGUUAAGGUGUGGGAUACCAGGCAGCGUUCUUGUUGUAAUUCUUUCAAUGCCCAUGAAGAUUAUGUUUCAGAUAUGACUUUUGAAUCUGAUUCUAUGAAACUCCUAGGAACAAGUGGUGAUGGGACUCUCUCAGUUUGCAACCUUCGAAGCAAUAAAGUCCAAACACGAUCUGAGUUUUCUGAAGAAGAGUUACUGUCUGUUGCUAUUAUGAAGAAUGGUCGCAAGGUUAUUUGUGGAUCACAAAACGGAACCCUCUUAUUGUACUCAUGGGGUUUUUUCAAAGAUUGCAGUGAUCGCUUUACUGGUCUCUCACCAAACUCGAUUGAUACUUUGUUGAAGCUUGAUGAAGAUAGGAUCAUCACGGGAUCCGAGAAUGGACUUAUCAGUCUGGUAGGCAUAUUACCCAACAGAAUCAUCCAACCACUUGCAGAGCAUUCAGAGUAUCCUAUUGAGCGCCUUGCUUUUUCUCAUGACAGAAAAUUUCUUGGCAGCAUUUCGCAUGAUCAAAUGUUGAAGCUUUGGGAUUUGGAUGAUUUAUUGCAAAAUACUGGAGAUACUCAAAAGGAUCAAGAUGAUGUAACUGAGAGUGAUAGUGAUGAGAUGGAUGUUGAUACUAAUCCUCCAAGAUCUAAAAAAGGGAGCAAGAGAAAAAAUGCGCAAACCAACGGCAGUGCUAGUAAUUUUUUUGCUGAGUUGUAGGAGGAUGCUGGAAUUACCUUUCUGCAGUUUUAUAAUUUUUAUUUUUUUUAAAUUGAGGGCUUGAAAGAAGCCAAAGAAGGCUACUUUGAUCGCAUAGCAAAUUUCUUUUCUAUGUGGAAAUGUUUACAUACAACUAUUUAUUAUUGCAAAUGCUGGUAUAGCGUUGAUGCAUAAA